AUGGCACACAUGCCAACUGCUCCCCCUGGUUGCGCCCGCUCUCUCUCGAACGCUUCCAAUGCCUCGGCGGCUCGCGGCUUGCCUACAGACGAACACCCCGAGGCGAGAAGAGGCAGUGAACCUACUGUACAAGACAUAGGCGGACGCCCUUCUUUUUCGCAAUCAACUUCUGCACCCAGCGUCGCCACGGCUACCACAUUCAAGGCCGUUCACCGUACGGAGAGCUUUAGGUCUUCGCUCGCUCCGGCGCGUGGAAGAGCUUAUCAGGCUUGUGAACGCUGCCGCAAGGCGAGAACCAAGUGUUCCGGAACUCACCCUUGUGAACGAUGCGAAGAGAAGAGAUUCAAGUGCGAGUAUGCUGGACAGGCGCGGCAUCUGCAAGCCCAGGAUCGAGCGAGCUCAAAUGCCGAGGAUGACAUUGCUGCCCGUCAUGCUGAGAAGCGACAUCGGCGGGAUACUGAGCGCUCCUCAUCACGUCUUCGUCACGAUCCUGUACCUCAGGAUAGCGCCCACACACAUCCCCCUGCAUACGCGUACGGCUCUUCUUCGCGUGCCCACCAGGCCAACCCAAUCUCGACACGCGGUCUUUCCCGCCAACGUUCAUCUACGCUCCCAUCCCGUCGACGGAGUCUGCCUUAUCCGCCACCCUUCAUGCGCCAUGGUCACAUGGACCAUCCAGACGCCGCCUUCUACUCUGCGCAUCACACUGACCACUCGUCGAUGCAUGUUCAUUCAGAGCGUGGCCAUCACUUCUCAUUCGGAGGUGCACAUAUCCCCGUGCUCCAGGGUUGGCGCGAGCCCGUCUGCGACGAUAGACCCUACACCAGCUCUUCGGAGACGUCUCUGAGCUCGGGUAGAAUCGACAACUCCCCAGUUCAUCACAUCAUCAAAUUGCCGGUCCCUGGCUCUAUCUAUGCUCCUUUCACGGCCUCGCGGAGUUUCGUCGCUCAACAGAAGACAGCGAUCAUAGACGCUGUAGAAGAUUGGCGACACGCACAACACCCCAGCACUUCCUGUCGCACCGGCAUUCAUGCUGACCGAGCUUUGACUUCGGGAACACACCCCACACACGGGCCAACUCACGACGCUGCUGCCGCGUUCUCUCCCCCUACAAGCGAGGACGUGCGCCGCAUCUUGGAGGACGCGUCGAUAGGCUGCCCACGUGGUCGCGAGCGUGCAUACAGCCUUCCCGCUCUCAGGCUGGAGACGACGCCUUCCAACUCUGUGCCGAGCAUCGUUACAUUGCCCUCGUUCUCGCACUUGUUCGCUCGGACAGACGAGCGUCGUCUGCGUUGA